CCAUUUUUCUUUUGGAUACAAGUCUGGUAGAAAUCGAAUUUCGACAAGCUCACAUCCAAUCUAGCCUAAUGAUUCUAAAAUUAGGUCACUUUCACAUCCAAUCCAAAAUCCAUCUAAGUAGCCAACAGACUUCAGUUGUCAUUCCUAAUUCCCUAUUUACCAAGGUUGUCCAACCGGUUUAAGUCAUUAAGCCGGUCAAGCAAGUGAUUGAGGAUUAUUGAUCUUAUCAGAGUCCGAUCUAUUUAAAACGUUUAUACAUUUUUUAAAUAUAUAUAUACAAAUAAGAUAGUAAUAUAAAACUUUAAUGACUAAAAUAAAAUUUAUUUUACAUUGUAACAUCCUGAACCUUUUUCUGACGAAGAUAUUGUCUGCUUUGGGCCUUAACCCUCCCGAAUUUUGAUUGGAGGUGCAAUUCAAGGUGACUUCCUAUAAGGCCACCCAUCCUUAUUGUACUUCACAUUGAGCACGUUUAACUUCGGAGUUCUCACAAGAACUCGUCCAUUUCACCCCAAAAUAUGUCUUAUCAAUUAAGAUCGAUUUCUUAUUUAUUAACCAUGCAUAUCUCUCGUGCUUUAUCAAUAUGAGAUUUGCCUAAUAUCUAACAUAUAUAAUAUAUUUAUUAAAAACUUAUUAAAAAAAAACAACAUACCCAACCCCCUAAGUCACCCACCAUCUCCCUUCCCUCUCUUACCCUCCUCCCUCUUUGGCCUGGUAAAGGAAACCGUACCGGACAUUAUACCGAAUUCUUUUCUGGUAGGGUAUUUUGUGGUACAACCGUGGUUCAACCAUUUCAUAUCGGUAAAUACCGUUUUUGUAAUAAUAAAAUAUAUUUUUUUGUCAAAAAACCGUGUCGGCAAAAUCAGAUUACCGUCUCGGAGUAAUACCAGAUGUAUCAGGAUAUACCGGACAAUAAAUGAAAAAAUACAAGUAGUUAGCAAAUUAAUAGAAAAAAAGAAGAGAUUUUAAACAAUAAUUAUGUUUUAUAAAAAACUUUCCAAUCAUUUAAAUAUUUAACAAAAUGACGGUGGCAAGGGGGUAAUUAUGCAGAAACAAGUGAGUCAUUUGGUUAUUUUUGGAAAUACAAUAUAAGGAUAGUGAGAGGGUGAGCAAGGAACCCUAGCCGCCUCUUCAGUCUUCACCUCGUUCUCUUCUUCCUCUCUUAUUCUGAAAGAAAAAAAUACCAAGAAACAAAAGCCCAGACCAAGUCUCAACCUUCCAUCUUUUAUCCCUUUUUUUGCGCAUGUCUAACAAAAACGACGGAGGAAGAAUAGAACCUUCUUCUCCUUCUCCUUCCUUGCUCGAUUUACUCCUCCCCUUCUGCCUCUUCUCUCGAUUUACUCCGCCAACUUACAUCGUCGAUGAGAAAUAGAACCAGACCCACCAAACCGACCAUAAAAGCGUCGAUCUCCUCUUUCUUCGUCGCUUCAUCUCCUUCCUCCCUGUUCCUCUAUUGAUUUACUCGUCCUUGUCUCCAAGAAUUAUUGGAGCCCAGAAUUCACCCACACUUCCUGUUCCAACCACCAGCCAUUUCCCAAUUAGCCAUCCCCUCACCGGAGCACUCCAUCUGGUGGUUGCACCCCAGGAUCACUUUCUGCUCUCGGCUUACCAUAAUGGCGGUCGCCCCAUCAUCUGUGAAAUACCUACAGUCUUCUACCCCAUUCACUCUUCCCAGUCAACUUUCCCCCAAAUUUCAUCCCCGUUUCCCGUCCACUGCCGCCGCAAGGGCGGACUCCACCGGAAUCGGUUUCAGCACUCGUCGCAGUGUUCGGAGGAAACCUCCUGCGGUGCUGCGUGCCUCUGCUGCCGAUUUUAGCCCGAGCAUCGGAGAAUUGUUGGGCGAAGUCACCGUGUUCAAAGCCUCCGGUGAGCCCGUCGUGUUCAAGGAUCUCUGGGACCAGAACGAGGGGAUGGCUGUUGUUUCACUGUUGAGACACUUUGGAUGUCCUUGCUGUUGGGAACUGGCGUCAGAGUUGAAGGAAGUUAAAUCAAAAUUUGAUUCAUCUGGCGUGAAACUCAUUGCAAUUGGUGUUGGUGAACCUAAAAAAGCCCUCUUGUUCUCCGAAAGGUUACCCUUUCCAGUGGACUCCCUCUAUGCUGAUCCCGAUCGAAAGGCUUACGAUGUCUUGGGUUUAUACUAUGGUUUUGGACGAACAUUCUUCAACCCAGCAAGUGCUAAGGUUCUAUCGAGAUUUGAUUCGCUCCGAAAAGCUGUGGAAAACUACACUAUUGAAGCCACACCAGAUGAUAGAAGUGGAGUUCUACAGCAGGGAGGGAUGUUUGUGUUCAAGGGGAAAGAGUUGUUAUAUGCUAGAAAAGAUGAAGGGACAGGCGAUCACGCUCCGUUAAACGACAUCAUUGACCUCUGCUGCCAAGUUCCAGUAGCUUGAAUUGAACAACAGAAUUUGUUUUUAGUAAUCAUCAAGAAUGACUUAGAUUCUGUUCAUGUUUUGCUCUUUGUAUGAACUUGUAAUUGCAUAUAUGUGGUUGACACUCCAGAAUGCCUAGUAUGUAUGUAUGUAUGUAUAUAAAGAGGACCGUGCUGGUAAAUAAAUAUACUAUACUAAUAUGUUCCAGUUGACAUACUGCUGCCAUUGUAGUUUUACUUCAACUAAACUACAUAGAGAGCGCGGGAAACUAAACAACACACAAUUAC